UAAAGGAUACAUACAUACCAAGUGAUGAUUAAUUUUGGACCAACAUGGCAGAAGCACCGCUGUUUAUUGCAACCAAGCCUCCACCGUCACCCCAACCAUCACCAAAACUCUCCCCGUCUCUUCCCCCAACUCCGUCACCAAAACUCUCCCCGUCUCUUCCCCCAACUCCGUCACCCUCCCCUCCUCCAACAGCUCAACAGCACCCUCCUGUCUCCCCCACCCCAUCGUCAGCCUCCUCGGGGUCCUCCCGCUCUCCUAGAGGUCUCCUGCGCCGCCUUUUCACCGUGAUUGGCUCGGAGGCACGCAAUGGUGCCAACAGACCCCGCAGCAAGUCGUCCGGCAUCACGGCGCACGAGUAUGGGAUGUACCGCGAUGGGGAAGGGGUGCUGCGCCCAAGGGCAGCUUCCACCCCUGACCCAUUUGGGGGUGGGGUGCCCUCGAUUCAGGUGAUGGAUGAGAUACUCUUGGAGGAGGAUGGGGGCGGGGUAAUGGAGUUUGAGAGGAUGAUAGAGGGGAGUGAAUGUGGAAGCAGUGCUGAUUGUAGUAGCAUACAUUCCUCUCAACACUCUCCUGAUGUGAACGACGAGGGCAAGAGGAAGAAGAGGAAAUGGUUGGAUAUCUCUUCUGGUGCAAUACCAAAAUCUUUCAAGGCACUCCCUGGCAGAUUAAAGACAGCCAAACAAAGAGCUGGUAAGUUUGAUGGGAAAGUCUGCCAAAAGAAAUGCAUGCAUGCGAUGGAAUACGUGAUUGUUUUUAAAGUAUAUCUUAAUAAAAUCAAGAAGUUCCCCUUGUAGAACCAUAGGCCAUGUAUUUUUGUUAUGAACAGAGCCAUUUUUUUCUCAGUUGUAUUCUGUGUCAUGUAAAAUCAGUGUUUACAAUUUUGUUUUGAUGUUGAGAUACUCUCUCAUUGGAGUCUAUUUACUUAUUUACAUAAAAACAUACCAAAAUGUUCCUUUGUCAUCAUACUUAGUAUCAUGAUAACAGGGCUCAGGAGCCUAAAAGCAAAGUUGCCAAGAUAAAUGAUGAAGUUAAAAGAGAUAUAUGGAGAUGGGGGUGAGGUGAAGAGAGGCAGACAGGUAGAUGAUUUGAAAAGGGAAGUGGAGAAGAAGGAAAGAGUUGAUCACUUUUUGAAAAUGGGACUGGUAGAU